CUUCUCUCUGUCUUUUUUUUUUUUUUUUUAACUGAGGUCCGAAAAACCCUGAAACACUUGUAACUUUCAGCUGGUUUCCAAAUACCUGAAGCCAAACUAGGUUUUACUUUUUUAUUUCGGCAAAAACCUGAGCACCUUAACUUGAUUGACAUACAUCAGGUGUAGCGUCAGCUAACGCUAGCUAUAUUAAAAAUAAAUGGUGACCAUAGCGUGUUGCACCAGGUAGUUAACCUUUUCUGAAAUUUCACAGCAAUAAAAAACUAAUUCAGUAAACGCACGGCUCAUAAUAUGCAGUGCAAGCCGGGCAACCAGAUCCUUGAAGUAUCAGUUUGAGCAGAAAUCUGAGACAUGGACAGCAGCAGAAAGAAGUUGUCGUUUAAGUGGCUUCGGACCACGAUCACCUCACCGUCAUAUCCUCAGGAGAGAGAUCAUGGCUCAACCAGACCCUCUCGCUGGAAUACAUCACCAAGUGAAGAUUCAAAUACUCUGCCUCUCGGUGACUCUCCGGGACCUGACGGCCUGGGGGCGCUGAGUCUGGACACUCCCAAGAGAAAAGCUGAGGCACUCGGUGAAAGCACGCCCUCUGUCGGCAAACUUAAGCUGAGGAAGCUUUCAAGAACAAAUAUGGAAAAAUUCAAAACUUCAGAGGAGAAACCUACAGACAACUCAUCAAUGCAGCUAGAAUCCACAGAGAGCCAGGAAAUGUCACCAUUUCCACCCCAUUCUUUCAUCAUGAAAAAGAAACAAAGGACACCCGAGGAGGGGUCAAAGGCUAUCUGCAGGAUGGCAUUGAUUGCAGCCUUUGGAAACACAAGACCAAGAGACAGCACUACAAAUAUCCCCAGGACCUGCACUAACAGCCAGUCUUUGCCAUUUGUGUCUUCACCAGGGAAGACUGAAGCUCCCAGUCCAGAGUUGAAUAUUCAGUGUUCCUCCAAUAAAUCUGAGGACAACCUCACUUUCCAGGAAGAACAGUGGUCCCCUCUUCAGGACAUUGAUGCCCAAGAUGACGGCUCAGAGCUGAACACAGACGGAAGGAGAGUCCUGCUAAAAGGAGAAGAUUCACCCAAAACGUUUAUUGCUCAGGACUCUGUGUUAGUAGGAACAGCCUCUCAAGACGAGUUGUUUGCUACAGAAGAUGAACCAGAAGCUGAGUGCUGUGACCUGUCCGUCCCAGACCUGGAGUAUAUCCCAGAUUCUUCAUCUUGUUUCACGACUCAUCAAAAAGACUCUCCUGACGGCCGACAGUGGAGAAGUCAGAGAGCUACAACUCCCUCUUUCACCUUUUCCUCCCCCAAUGAAAGCAAUGGGGCCUUUAAGGAAGCAGCAGCCUUGAAGGACACGGAGAUGCCUUUCUCGCUGUCACAGAGGACAGUUUUUGUCUCACUCAAGCAGCCCCACCCAACAAGCACGACCCCAUGGAGCGCAUCCAGAGCAGAGACUAAGAGUUUCCGCUCCCCCAACAUUAUGGCCUGUUUAUCGGAUCCCUUUGCCCUGCCACUGCACUCAAAAAGAGGAGUAUUAAACCAUCAUCUAUACUCCACAACCACACGCAGAAACUCAUAUGCUGGCUCCUCCAUGCGUCAGUCCCCCUCCUCCUUUACUCAUGGUGGCAGUCCUUUAAGAAGGUUAUCCGCGGGGGCAGAACCUAUCUGGACCAGUUACCCCAACCUGGACAAUCAGGUUGGUUUUAUAGACACACACUGCCAUAUCGACAUGCUCUAUGGAAAGCUCGGUUUUUGCGGGACAUUCAACAGCUUUCGAAGGCACUACCAGAGCAGCUUUCCCCCACACUUCAGAGGCUGUAUUACCAACUUCUGCAACCCCGGGAUCAUGGUGAAGGACGCCCUGUGGGAAGGUCUGCUGGCUGAAGACAUGGUUUGGGGGGCGUUUGGCUGCCACCCGCACUUCGCCAGGGACUACUCAAGUGUUCGUGAACGCGACAUACUGAUGGCCAUGCGGCAUCCGAAAGCUGUGGCGUUUGGUGAGAUGGGCCUGGAUUACUCCCACAAAAACUCCACCAACACCUCCAAGCAAAAAGAGGUGUUUGAGCGUCAGCUGCGUUUGGCUGUGGCCAUGCAGAAGCCUCUGGUGAUCCACUGCAGGGACGCAGAUGAUGACCUGCUGACAAUCAUGAAGAAGUGUGUCCCAAGGGAACACAAAAUUCACAGGCACUGUUUCACAAACGGUUAUCCAGUGAUUGAGCCCUUCCUGACAGAGUUCCCCAACCUGUAUGUGGGUUUCACAGCUCUAAUCACCUACAACAGAGCCGCAGAGGCCCGAAAUGCUGUCCGCCAGAUCCCACUGAACCGCAUUGUGAUAGAGACAGACGCGCCUUAUUUCCUGCCAAGACAGGUUAGUAGAGAAGUCUGCCAGUUCUCACACCCUGGAAUGGGCAUCCAUACGGUGCAGGAGCUGAGCCUACUGAAGGGAGAAGACAUGGCCACAGUCCUCUCGACCCUCCGAACCAACACCACGCAUCUCUACGGCGUGUGAGCUUCAGAGGCGGUGGAUAAGAAAACCAGUUUCAGGAGCUGGUUUGUGACACAAAUGUUUUCUGUGCCUUUUUGUUUAAGAUUGAUCAAUUCUCCAGGGAAAGAUGUGGGAAUAUAGAGGCGCAGUCUCAUGUUAAACAACCUGAAAGACUCUAGAUCCAAAUAGAAGAGGAAAAAACAAUGACUGGAAUUAAAAUAUCUCGUGUUUGAUAGGGAUUCUUUGAAUUACUGUUUAUCUGAUUUAUAUUUUGAUGUUGUUGUUCAUCAUAGAAAUUAAUUCCUGAACAUGUUUGGUUUUAGGUUUGCUGUUGUUUUGCAGUGUUUGAAUCCAUUAAUUGUUGUUUGGAUGUUGGUAGUGUGUGGUUGCUGUGUGGUUUGUUUGGUUUGAUACACUAAAGACAUAUUAAAAGCCUUUGAUCCUGCU